CUUCCGUUCUCAACAGUAGUUAGGACAAUUUUGAUUUUCAACUUCUUGUGCUUGGGGAGGAUAGGAUCCCCCUUUUAGGAGUUACUGUUACUGUGCGGUUAUUCGACAUUAUGACCAAAGGUAGACUGGAAGCACGUGUCAAAUUGUUUUAUAUUUUUACAUUUUUAAAUGAAUAGUUAUUGUCGCAGAUCAAAUUAAACUAUCAAUGCAUAUAUAUAAUAAUAUGCGUAUUUAAUCUGAAUUGAACGACCUAAUCUAAAGUACAUGUAAGAACGUAGCAAGGACAAGGUUCAGAGUUGACUUUUUAUUUACCAUUGAAGAGAUAAAAGAACUCAUUACAUAAAUUAGAUACCGCGAGUCUGGAGGGGCGAUAGGAGCACUGUUAUUAGUCAGAGAGUGUAUGUGAGAAACAAGAUGGAAAAGCCGGGAAACCUCUUCCUUAAGAAAACCUUUGUAGUCAUUACCGGCGCCAGUAGAGGACUGGGGAGAUGUAUGGCACUACAGUUUGGUGCCAAGUUUCCAGCUACUUCGGUUCUAGUACUUAUGGCAAGGAAUGUGGAGGCUCUAGAAAGUGUCAAGUCGGAAGUGUUGUCGUUGGCUCCGAAUAUCAGCGUAUUGGUACGACAAUAUGACCAGGGACAUUCGGAAAAUAAGGAUUAUUUCAAAGAUAUAUUCAAUGAAAUCAUAGCAGAAAACAACUUUUCGCAAGCUGACUUUGAACAGUAUAUGAUCGUACACAAUUGUGCUACUAUCGGUGAUGUAACAAAAACAUCGUUGGAUCUUUCAGACUCCACGUUUGUCCGGAGGUACUUCGACAUCAACCUAACCGGGAUGAUCCUACUUAACACGAGUUUCUUUCAGACUUUCUCCGAUUCCACAAAAUCUCGUGUCGUCGUAAAUAUGACGUCAGCAGGUACCUCAACUCCUGUGCCGCCACUUCAGCUUUACUGUGCAGGUAAGGCUGCCCGUGACAUGUAUAUGCGUGUACUGGCCGUAGAGGAGCCCUCUCUGAGGAUACUGACGUUCGCCCCAGGUGCCUCAGACACAGACAUGAUGAGAGGACUAGAAAACAUGUGUCCUCUCAAGUCUAUGGUUGAAAUGCUGAAACAGUUUAGGAUUGACGGUACGACGACUCUCCCAGAUGUCCCAAUCUCUAAGCUUGUCCAGAUACUGGAGGAAAACAGAUUUGAAAAUGCUGUAUACGUAGAAAGUGACAAAAUAUUUUGAUUCUGCGUAUAGUGUCAACUGAAAAUUGUCUAUUUGAAAAUACUGCAUAACCGUCAUAAUGUCAUUCAAUUUCCAAUAAAUAUUCGGAGAUCUGUUCCAUAUGAAGUUAUUACGCAGUUACAGUUCUUCUUAGACUGAACAUCAGUAUUGGCUUGCUGCUUUUUAUAAAAGGAUUAAUAUUCCGUCUUUGCGUAUUGCAGAGUUAUCUUCUCUUGUGAACAGGUAUUGAUUGUUACGUCUUUG